AUGGCAGCAAGCGCUUCCCGACAAUGCAACAACAUUAGCAGCCUCGCCGACGUCUACCUCGAGCUCCCUCUGUUCUUCGUCAAUCAUGAGGCAAAUCGCAUCGCCGCUGCCUGGGUUCGAGAGCAGGGAAUUCUGAUGGCUUUCUGCCAGGAUCGACAAACCCAUGCGUUCUUACGCCCGUACGACAUGAACCGCGAUACGGUCUACGUCCCAGCUGGUGAAAUCAACCAGCUUUCCUCCUCUGUCCCGAGCAUGUUCGAGCACGUUUGCUGCUCCGAGCCGAGCAUGGCCCGUAUAGCGGUGCCCGAAGAGGUGUUUUACCAAGACAGCGACACUCUGGCUGAGCUGUUAAGCUUGUUUCUAAUGGAGACCCUUUACGUCAUCGUUGGAAUCCAGCCGGGCUCUGGGAACGGGGACGGUGUCCAAAGAUUAGGCGGAAGAUGGCAGCUUGCGAGCCCGCAAAGUAACAUGGCGCUUGUGUGGAGUAGGAGUCGAGGGUGCUUUCAUUGGCGGGGCGGAGAGACGGUCGGAAGCGAAGAGCUGCAUGGUCGAAUGGAGCAAGCUGGUAAAGAGCUUAUUAGAACGCUCGACUGGAUCAGAGUGGACUGUUUUGAGAUGUUGCCAGUGUCUGUGGUGAGAAUCACAUGA